AUGAGGAGACCUUUAUCUCAGAUUCGAGUGAGCCUAGUCGCUUCACUUGGUGCAGGUCAAAUUACCUUCCUAACUGGAAGUGGUGCUGUUGAGAACAAGGAUUCCUGUGCUUUUGUGCAAUAUUUCCUAAUGGCCGCUUUCUGCUGGAUGUUGAUGGAGGGAGUUUAUUUCUACCUGUCUGUUGUAAAAGUUUACAAUAUCAACGACAAGAUGAAGGUUUCACAUGGAUUUUCAUGGGGUCUACCCGCCGUCGUUGUUUCCAUAUCGCUGGGCAUUGCAGCAGGAACCGGGCCAGGGAUUAAAAGCUAUAUCAGUGAAAAUUUGUGCUGGAUGUCAACCUCUAACGGCAUGAUCUGGAUAUUUGUUCUAUUCGUUGUACUAAUCGAGUUGUUAAACACAUUGAUACUGGUGCGAGUUAUCAAGGAGAUGACAAACAUGCAGCAUGCAAAAGACAAAAUCAGUGAACAAAUAAGGCUUGGUGUCAGGGCAUGCGUGGUGAUGAUUCCUUUGCUUGGGAUCACGUGGCUAUUUGGUCUUCUGUCGCCCCUGCAUAAAGCGUUUGCAUACAUUUUCACAAUUUUCAACUCCACUCAGGGCUUUUUGAUAUUUCUCCUUCACUGCGUGAGAAACUCAGAGAUUAGAUCUCGCUUCAAGAGAAGGAUCAUUCGUGUCACCCCAACUGCAGUUGAAGUAACAAGCAUAAAGCGAGCUUCUCAAGUACAUGAAACCUCCAUGGUGAUAUUGCCAAGGAAAAUUAAUGUCCAGCCUCGCAAUAACCAUGAAAGUGGCACUGAAAUCUUUGAGAUCUGAGUCGUCAUCGAAUUGUUGCUUCUUAGCUUAGAACUAUGUAUAUCCUAAAUUAAGUUCGUUAAAAAAAAAAAAAAAAUUAGAACACGCACAAAUAACCCUCGUA